CAACUGUUUUUUCUAACAUUUCUGAAUAGUUUUUGUUUUUUCAUUCUCAAACCAAUUAACCCAUUUUGACAGUGUGUAUUUAAACUUACCCACACCAAGGCCUCACUUCAUAAAGCUUUGUUCUUUGUCGUACAGGCUGAUAGUAUGCCUGAAAUGCCACCAGAAACAGUCACAGAAGAACAAUACACAGAUGAACAUGGUCACAUGGUGGUAAAGAAGGUCACGAGAAAGAUCAUCCGGCGAUACGUCUCUCCAGAUGGCACAGAAAAAGAGGAAGUUGUAAUGCAAGGAGUGCCACAGAAACCCGUUGCCAUCGAAGAAGGAGAUGGCUAUUCCAAAGUCGUAAAACGGGUCGUGCUGAAGAGUGACAGCAAACAAUCAGAGGUGACCGUGUCUGAACCUGUUGUUUUGCCUACUGCCUCUGAGUUCCAGUCCGAGCCAGCAGAAGGCCGGAAGGUCAGCAAAGUCAUCAAGAGCACUGUAGUGCAAGGCGAAAGGACAGAGAAACACCUGGGGGAUGCCAGCCUAGCUCGUGAUCUUCCAUCGGCCAAAGAGGACUUUGAAGAGGUAAAACGCCUUUUAAUGUACAAUAUUAAAUGA